AUGAGGUCCGACUUAGACGGGGAGACAGACAAACCCCUAGCAAGCAAGAACCGCGACAGGCCAUCAACCGAUCUUUCCAAGGAUCUGAGGGCGAUCUUGGGAUCAGAGGAUUCGGCCCCACCAAAUAGUGGAUCAAGCUAUUACAAUUAUAAAGGAAGACAUAGUAUAAAUUUAAUGGCAAUUAAUGACGCAAAAUAUUGUUUUUCGAUGUUGGAUAUUGGUGCUGAAGGUCGACAAAGCGAUGGAGGUGUAUUUCGAAGAAGCGAAAUUGGUAUCGGUUUCGAAAAUGUAAAUAUGAAUCUACCUGAACCAACUCAAGUGGAAGUAAAUGGGCCAGAGCUUCCGUAUAUAUUGGUGGCAGAUGAGGCAUUUGCUUUAACACCAUACAUGAUGCGACCUUUUCCUCGAAGCAAGCACCUUGACAUAAGAAAGAAGAUAUUUAACUAUCGUCUAAGUAGAGCAAGAUUAGUAGUCGAAAACGCCUUUGGAUUGCUUGCAGCUCGGUGGAGAAUUUAUCGGAAACCAAUUAAUACCUCUUUAAGCACAGCGGUGAAAAUUGUGCAAGCUACAUCAGCUUUGCAUAAUUAUAUUAUACAAUAUGAGGCGAUGUUACCUCCAGCAGAAAGAAUCUACUCCAAGUACAGCACAGAAGAUAAUGUGAACUUGACUCACACAGGUGCAUUUACAGAAAUGGAUGCGCUCAAUACCAAUUCACAUAGUCGAUAUGCUGCACAAGUGCGAAAUCAUCAUGCUGAUUUUUUUAUGAAUACCGGUGCACUCGAAUGGCAGUGGAAUAAGGCCUUGAAUAAUGAUUUUUAA